AUGGCAUUGAGCUCAGCCACUGCACGACCACCUUCUCCACCACAUUCGACAGACGGCAACGAGGUGCACGAGGAAACUCGAAUUUCACCAAGGACAGUCAUCAAACAGGACCCUUUCACACCCCCAAUGGCAUCCAGAUUGAUGGAGUCAGGUGUUCUUGCAGACAACUCAUAUGACCCGUAUGGUGACCCAACUUACUAUCAGACUGCUCCGACUGGAACAUACUAUCCUCCACCACAGCCAAUGCCAACAUCACAUCCUGUGUACGCUUCUCCUGAGACUGGCAACGGCAUUGGCAUUCAGACACGUAGCGGAAGGGCGCUUCGUUCUCCAUCAUCCCCUGACACACCUGUAUCAACGCGCCGAUCACAGUCACCCCGGGUCCGAGCCAGAAGAAACAUGAAGAGAAACAACAAAAAAGGUGGACCGGUACUUGAAGCGCCCCUCAGUCAGCUGACCAAGGACUACAAGACUCCAGUCCGGGACAUGUCAAUCUGGGUGCACCGUCCAGUGGAAGAGCGCAUGGCCGAGGUUGAGAGGAAGAAAGGAUAUGUCUCUCGACCCAUGAACUCAUUCAUGUUGUAUCGCAGUGCAUACGCCGACAGGGUCAAGCAGUUUUGCAAAGAAAACAACCAUCAGGUCGUCUCACAAGUCACCGGCGCAAGCUGGCCGAUGGAGCCGACAGAAAUCCGGGCCUUGUAUGAACAACUCGCCAUUAUGGAGAGAGACAACCACGCUGCAGCCCACCCAGAUUACAAAUUUGCGCCCAACAAGUCGGUCAAGAGGAGCCGCAACGACGAUGCUGCCAGUGACAGUGAUCCAGACUGGGAGGGCUCGACCAGGGGUUCCAAACGGAGUCGUAGCAUGCGUCGCUUCGACAGCAGAAGCGCAUCUUCCACUCCCUUCGACGACAGGCACACUCGCUAUGCAUAUCCCAUGACGGCAUUGAACCUGUCGGGCUAUGAGAUGAGCAAUCCAUACGGUCCACCACCAUUGAUGGUUGGUCCGGACGGCUUUGUCGGCCAGUACUACCAAGCCUCCGCUCAAAUGGGCCCCUACGGCGACCAGAUAAGCGACAUCAGGUAUGAGCGGAUGGACGACCCAUUUCCACCAUAUCAACAACAACAACCAAACAACAUGCUUGCAGGCAUGCCCCUAGGUGGCCACCACGAGCUCUUGACUUCUCAACCACAAGCCAUGCAGAACAACUAUUACGUCCAAAACGACAUUCUUGACCCAAGGCUAGGCCAGUAUGGUGCGGACUACCAAUUGCUCUAUGCGGAUGAAGGCGCCGACCAGAGUCAAAAGCGCACAAUCUCUUUCGAGCAGCCCAUGUCUCAGAUCGGAAUGGGUUAUCAGCCCGAAGCAUUUCAUCCGGGCUUGGCCACUUUGACGGAGGAACACGAUAUCUGGGGCGAUUCAGGAAAUAUAGGUGGUGAUUUUGACUCGGAGUUUCAGAAAUUGGGUUGA